AACACGAAAACAGCCUUCCAGAAAAUGAACAGCUGUCUCGUUAUAUUCUGCGCGCUCUGGGGAACUGCUGUUGGAAAUCCGAACUCGGAUGGAACGGGUGGACUCCCAGAGCAAAUAACAUUUCAAGUUUUCGUCGCCUAUGACGACAUCUUCCAGGCUAAUUUCAGUAACCAAACCUUGGGAACGCAGUAUGCCGCUGUGUUCUUCAAUGCGAUCAAUGUCAUUUUUGCAAUGAUGACCAAUCCGAGAAUCAAGUUUGAGGUUUCGAGGUUGUACGCUGAGGAGGCGGGGUUUACACCCGCUCUUACCUUGGUUGAUAACGAGGUGGACUUCAACGCAAGUCUCGGUUCGAUCGCAAAAUUCGUCAGCACACGACCGGAGAUGAAUUCGUCAGACAUCGUGUUUGUUUUUUGCGGACGGAAGGUUUUCACAAAGGACAGCCACGGCAAGAAAUUGUACAGUCCUCAAGGUAUCACGUGGGAGGGUGGAAUAUGUAACGACGAAAAAAAGGUGGUUCUCAUCAACGACAUUGCGAGUAUUUUUUACGCCUUGCCUUACGCUGGGUUCCAGCUCGGACGCCUGCUGGGUGCACCUGCAUCCUGCACACCAUAUUUUUCGAGGCUAGGAGGUCGGAGUCACCUGUUCUAUCCUUCAAACUGCACUAUGCAUAACAUCAGAAACUUUCUCGGAGAGCUCCAACGAAAGAAUAUUAGCCAGGCAAGAGAAUGUUUCCGCGAAAAGUACAACACCUCAGUCUCAUCGAACUUCUACACCGUCCUGCCAGGCAAGAUUGCAAACGAAGACGGGUACUGCAAGAAAGUUGGAGAAUUGAGGAAGGAACCACGAAACAGGGGCCUCUGCAGUCGACUGACAACACGACGGGUAUACGAGUGGCCCGAGCUAAAAAAUGUAACCCAUUCAAGAAAGAAACCGUGCAUCUUCGACUGCUGCAGUAUUUCGGAUAAUGAGCAGCAAUUUAUAUUUCAUACCAAUUUGGCUUUCGAUGGCAAGCCUUGUGGAGAAAAAGGCGACGGAAAAAUCUGCUUCUACGGCGUGUGCAUAGACACGAAACGCACCGGAUGACGAAAGACGAUAUCUACCAUCUGGUCGCGAGACAUACUGUCAUGGGCUGAGAAGCUUGCAGUUGGAUUUCCAGACUCAAAGUUGAACAUUUGAAAUCACUCCUACGUUAUGAGGACAAAUGUU